AAGACAUUUAACUGCAUUCCUGCCUUCUCACAGUAAACCAGGGUAUGCUUACAAACUCAGGAUUGGCUCUGAAAUGCACAUUGGAGGGGGUGUGAACGUCAACAGAGGAAAGAGGGUCCCUGGUAUUGACAGCAUUGUCUCAACCAAUGGCCAGAGUUUGGAGCAGGACUAUGGCAGUUUUCUGACCUACGGCAGAGGGGGGGAGUGUUCGGGAAACCUGUUUGAAUCAAUUCCUUCUGGGACACCAUGAUGUCCCAGAAGGAGCCUCAGGAGGGGUCUUCAACCCAGACUAAAGUGACGGGUCCCACCUCCUGGUCUCGGGUCACUUGCCCCUGCUGUAUUUCUAGCCACAUAGAGCCUUUGGUUUUGAUCCAACUGGCUGAGGAUGUCCAGCCCAUUACCAAGCAGUGGAUCAUGUCAAUGAUAUCUGCACCAGUGAAGGCUGGAGGGGCUCAGCUGUUAGUUCAUCCAGGGGAAGACAUGAAAGGGGACAUGAUAGUUGUGGCUGCCCCUCGCUGCACCCUUCUCAUGGUUACUGAGGACCUGGGCCUCUGUAAACCCUACCGGGAUGGGGAAAUGACAGCCUUUUCCUCUGGAGACCGUGACAACUUUUGCAACAUUGAUGACAUGAGGCAUUUCCUGACGUUGGCAGAGAGGCAGUACAUUGUGAAAUAUGAAUUGGAUUCAAUGAGAGCUUUGGAGGACCAACGUAUCCCAGGGAUCCCAGCACUCAAGGGGAAGUUGAAAGCCAGAGAGGGUCUCUUACAGAAGCUGGAAAAGGCAGGCGUGAUCCGCAACAUCACUCCUCUACAUGACCAGAAGAGGCUGAAAGCUCUGGGGAAACAGUGGUACUCUCAGAAGAGCCUGUGGGGGCAGCCUCUAGAUGCAAUCCACGCUUAUUUUGGGGGCACUAUAGCCUAUUAUUUCAGCUUCCUGGACUUCUACACUUUGUCAUUGUUUCCUCCAGCCAUCUUGGGCCUGUUCAUCACUUUUUCCCUUCCCAGUGCAAACUUCUCAAGUGCAAAUAAAACAGACAGUGAGUCUGCAAAAGACGACGACGAUCAGCCUUCUGUCAGUUCCUACAUGGUGCAGGCAGUCUUCAGCAUGCUGUGGUCCACAGUCUUCAUUGAGCUUUGGAAGAGGCGAAGCGCAGCCUUAUCCUAUCGCUGGGGCACUUUUAAUUUAGCCGAACAAUUUCAAGAACCCCGGCCAGGUUUCCAUGGAGAACUUGGCACCAAUCCUGUUACGGGCAAACUGGAGCCGCUGUUUCCCGAUUGGAAGAGGAAGCUUAGGAUAGGACUGGUCUCAGUGCCUGUGGUUGGGGUGUUUUUGGGUCUGGUGUUGAUGGGGAUGGCUGGGUUCUACUUUUUUGAGUGUCUCAUUUCGAACUGGCACAAGGGAUCUGGCUCGUACUUCACAGCUGCCUUGUUGUACCUACCCUCCAUUGCCCAUAUAGUCUACACCAAUGUGCUGGGGAACAUAUAUCGCAACGUGGCCCUGCAGCUUACAGAGUCAGAAAAUCAUAGAGAGGAAUCAUCCUUUGACUAUCAUCAUACUACUAAAGUUCUCGUGUUCACCUUUUUCAACAACUUUGCGGUGCUUUUCCACAUCGCUUUCUUCAAGGAGGACCUUCCUCUUCUGCGAAAGAGGUUGUCCUCUCUGCUGAUAGUAACGCAGGUGUUGGGUCAGUUCACUGAGGUGGUGGUUCCUUUCCUAGUGGACCGUUUCUACACGUCUUCAGAAAGGAACCUGAAGGAAGAUGAUCCAGAGGUGGACCAUCUCCAGGCUCAGGGGAGUCUUCCAGCUUUCCCAGGCCUGUUUGCCGAAUACAUUGAGCUCCUAGUUCAGUUUGGCUACUUGAGUCUAUUCUCCUGCGUUUAUCCACUCACUGCUCCUCUGUUAUUGCUCAACAACCUCACAGAGAUCCGUACAGAUGCUUACAAGCUCUGCAAGCUUUUCAACAAGCCCUUUUCUGCCCCUGUGGUCAACAUGGGAGUGUGGCAGCCAGCGUUUGAGGUUUUGAGUAUCAUAUCGGUCAUGUCAAACUGCUGGCUGUUGCAUCUGUCACCUCAUGUGAAAGUGCUCACACAGGAAGCUGGCCUCAGCAGUGGCAAAGUUCUUGUCUUUGCCGUCAUUGUGGAGCACGCUCUGCUCACGGUGAAGAUGAUUCUGGCAUUCAUGAUUCCUGAUGAACCAGAUUGGGUCCGAAUCAAGAGAGAACAGAUUGAGUAUCACUCAAUGCAAGCACUCAAGAAACAGAAAGUUACGCAUUUACAGGUGGCUGAUAAACUACCUCCAACGGCAAAAUUUAAGACUGACCAAAAACCAUUGCCAAAGAGGCAGGAAGACAGAUCUGCUGUAAGGCUCCAAGGCUCUUGACAGUAGGUUGGUCUGGAGGUAGAGGGCGCAAGCUGAGAUUCAAGCAUGGAGCUGUGCUACAAAAGUCACUGAAGGAGUUAUCAUGACGGUUGGGUUUGGGAGCCAG